AAGCCUUCGGUGAAAUAAGUGGUGUACAGGAAUUGUUUUGGAUGAUAGUGGAGCUCAGUGGGCCUUUCCUGAUCUGGUGUGAAAUCAGAUCAUUUCCUGUCCGGGAGGAGGACUUGGGGACUUGCUUGAGCUUGGUCUCGUGGACGUUAUGUUCCAUGAAAAUGAAGACGAAGUCAUGAAAGGUCCCGGGGUUUGUUCUGGUGGAUCAUCGUGUUGGCACACGUUUGCCCCCUCCGUCAGAGUGAAGAAGCCAGGCCCGGGUGUCAGACGUCUACGCUGGGUGCACGUCCAGCUGCUGGUCAUCUUGCUGGCAGGUCAGGCUUCCUGCAUUGAGGCCUCCACUUCUCCUUCCCCUGUUUCUGCUACAACAAAUGCACAGACCUCAGCAGUGUACUACUUUCUCGAUGUCAGUGUGAAUAUCACUGGAGAGAGGAAGAAUGCAUCAGAAAUCACAGACUGGCUUAUCCAGGUGUUCCAAAACAACCUGGAGAGCUGUGUGUCUCCAAGACACGAAGAAACAACGACCCCACCUACUUCUCCACAAACUACACCUGCAAGCACAUAUGAGACGACAGCAACAUUACAAAGCUAUAGCACAAUGUCAGCUGCACCAUCAACAACAUUACAAAGCUAUAGCACAAUGUCAGCUGCACCAUCAACAACAUUACAAAGCUAUAGCACAAUGUCAGCUGCACCAUCAACAACAUUACAAAGCUAUAGCACAAUGUCAGCUGCACCAUCAACAACCUUACCGAGCUAUAGCACAAUGUCACCUGCACCAUCAACAAUGUUACCAAGCUAUAGCACAAUGUCAUCUGCACAAUCAACAACUUUACAAAGCUAUAGCACAACUGCAGCUGCAACAUCAACAGCCUCAAAUAGCUUCAGCACGACUGCAGCUGCAACAUCAACAGCCUCGAAAAGCUUCAGCACAACUCCAGCUGCAGCAAAUCAACUGACCACCGUGGCUCAGACGCAGAGCAACAGCCCUGCAGCCUCUUCACUCAGGUCCAGUGUGAUCACGCAGAUGCCUGAGUCUAGAGAAAAGAACAGACCACCAAAGAACCCAAAUUCCAGUUCUACUGCAAAGAAGCUGGACAGAGCUCGUCGUGAAGUUCUUGGCAGUGGGAUACAUAUCAGUAAUUACAAAACAACAGGCCUAUUUCAGGGAAUUGAAGUGAAAUGCGCCGCAGAAACUGCAGUAAUAAACACCAGCUGCACUGUGUUGCUGAGGCUGAAGCAGAGCGUACCUCCGUGUUGCAUCCUCCGUACGCUCUGUGCGGCCAGCAGAACGUCCCCCGACAUCCAUGUGGUGGGAAGGAAAGCAGGCAGAACGAGUCAGCUACAAAAUGAGUGCAGUAGCGAUCCACAAGAGGAAAACCGUUGCAUUUAUAAUGGUCAAGCCGGAGCAUUGUGUGAAGUGUCUGAGUCUGCAUACGCGGUUCAACUAAGCAACUCGUCUCACUGCCGUGGAGACAACAACUGCAGCUGCUCUGCUUACUGCAAUGGAACUGAUGCAUACUACACUUUUCAGAUUUCAAUACAAGAUCCCAAUAUAAACAUUUCAUAUGUGUUGUCCCUGGUUUCUAACAUGGGACGACCGCCAAACUGCUCUGAAAGUGCAGAUGUUUCAUGUCCUCUGGCCAUCAUUGCCUAUGAAUACAAGGAUGCCAAUGUGACCUGUGGAACAACAGCAGCAGAUUUUCAGAGCUGCAGCGUGAUUUUAAGCAUUGCCCAUGAGGUUCCUAUCUGUACCGUGUCGGCCGCCGUGAUUCAUGUGUUUGAGUCUGAGAAACAAAUCAGUACCAAUGGACGCGUGACCCGAGCAGCAAUUUGUGGAAAUUCAGCAGCCAGCGAUAAUCCUCUAAAAUCCCAGUUCACAUGGGAUGCAGUCAACCUGAAGCCUGAUAUCUUUUGCAUGGCAAUAGAAGCAUCUUCACCCAAACUCCUUAAUUGUCAAAAUGGAAAACACGUGGUUGUGUUGAUGAAGGAGCAAUGCAUUCAGCGGCCAUUUACCACGCCCGGCCCAAAUGUGACAACCCCGCGACCAAACACCACCAGCUCAUCUCUAAAUGUAACUUCAUCCCCAAUGACCACAAUAGCUGAAGCCCUGAGUGCCACCACCGCUGUUGCUAAUGUCACAGUGACGGCAACACUCAGCACAACUACAACCACCUCAAAUGAAUCUGUGUCUGUGACCCCAUCAGAGAGCCCAACAACCAACGGAUCAGCUGAGAGCCAAGCUAACGCGCUGCUGGACCUGACCAGAGACGUGUCCAAACUGAACUCCAGCCAGGUGGAUCAGCUGGUGUCUGAGCUGGAGAAUCUUUUGUCCGGCCCGACAGUCAGCCUGGCGCUGGGAAACACCUCCGUCCACAUCGUCAGCAAUCUGCUGGACGCUUCGCCUGAGACACUAGCCGACUCCUCUAACAGGAUUAUAGGGAUUGUUGAUACGGUGGCGCUGAAGCUGGUCCUUCAGGAACAGCCUGAGACCCUCUUGUCUCCAGCUGUGGCUGUGUCUGUGACGCCAGCAGAUGGGAGUAACUUUAAGGAAACAUUUUUUUCCAUCUCGGACCCCAGUAAUGUCCAGGUCCGCGGGGAUCCCAGGCCCAGGCGGAAUGCGAGGAGCGCCUCCUCCGUCCCUCAGGGCUCCAUUAAGCUGCCCCCCUCCCUCACACAGGACCUCACCACAGAGGAGCAGCAGCUGGUCUCCAGAGUGCAAUUCAAUUUCUACCAGAAGAGCACAGUGUUCCAGGACAGAUCUCUGGGAGAACGCAGACUUAAUAGUGGGAUUCUGGGGGCGAGCGUGGCCAACCUGUCAAUCACAGGACUGCGGGACGAUGUUGUGAUUCACCUGAGGAACACGGAGCCCAUCCCAGCUAAUUUUGUGGCUACAUGUGUUUUCUGGGACUUCGGAUUGAACAACGGGUCAGGCGGUUGGAGUUCAAGUGGCUGUUUUGUCCAAAACAGCACAGACGCCGAGACAGUUUGUAGCUGCAAUCAUUUAACCAGUUUUGCCAUCCUGCUGGACCUCUCCAGAGAGCCUCUAACGAGUCGCCUCCAGGCCACCAUCCUCACCUUCAUCACCUAUAUUGGCUGUGGAAUCUCAGCCAUCUUCCUGUCUGUCACCCUCCUCACCUACUUGGCCUUUGGGAAGUUGCGUAAGGACAUUCCAUCCAAAAUCCUAAUCCAGCUGUGCCUGGCCCUGCUGCUGCUUAACCUGGUCUUCCUGGUGGAUGCCUGGCUGGCGCUCUACCCGGAUUCCGUGGGCCUCUGCAUCUCCACUGCCUGGUUCCUUCACUACUUCCUGCUGGUUGCCUUUACCUGGAUGGGACUUGAGGCCGUCCACAUGUACCUGGCACUUGUGAAAGUCUUCAACAGCUACAUAUCGCGCUACAUGCUGAAGUUCUCGCUGGUCGGCUGGGGCGUCCCGAUGAUUGUGGUCAUAAUUGUCAUUGCGAUUGACAAGAAUAACUACGGUCUUGUUUCCUAUGGAAAGUUUCCUGAUGGCACAAGUGAUGACUUCUGCUGGCUGAAAAAUGACAUUGCCUUCUACGUGGCAGUGGUGGCCUAUUUCUGUGUCAUUUUCCUCUUCAACCUGGUCAUGUUCAUCGUGGUGUUGAUCCAGCUGUGUCGGAUAAAGAGGCAGAACCCUCACAAUGCGCUCCACCGCACCACCCUGCAGGAUGUGCGCAGCGUGACGGGGAUAACCAUCCUCCUGGGCCUCACUUGGGGCUUCGCCUUUUUCGCCUGGGGGCCCGUUAACCUGCCAUUCAUGUACCUCUUUGCCAUCUUUAACUCCUUGCAAGGUUUCUUUAUAUUUGUGUUCCACUGUGCCGUGAAGGAAAAUGUGAGGAGGCAGUGGAGGACCUACCUGUGCUGCGGCAGAAUGAGGCUAGCAGAGAACUCAGAAUGGAGUCGCACCGCAACACAGAAGACUGCAAAGAAGUCAUCAGUGACCAGAAUAACAUCUCUUAAGUCUUCCAACAACUCGUCCAGCUCCUCGUCUUUCCUCGUCAGCGAGUCCUCAGAGCACAUUAAUGGCAGUGGAAGCCCGUUUGAAGACAGAACAAUCACAGCUGCUGAAGACCCUCGUGUGGAUGUGAUCCUCAACGAGAUCAACAUGCAGAACAGAAACCAACAAACAGCGUGAACCAAAAAGGACAGAACAGACUGUUUGAUGGCUCUUAUUUUUCAAUACUUGUACAUAAUGUAAAUUAAUAAUUUGAGUAAUUUAUGCACCGUCCAUCUGCAUGUCACAUGCAAUAUUUGCAGUUGAUUUUGACACAUGUUCCUUCAUUCAUACUUUUCUGAACUCGAUUUGCACAAUGAGGCUGAAGCACCUUUAUUCCUUUACACAGAGAUGUUGUUAUAUAAUGAUAUUCCAGUGUUAGGCUGCAUAACCCCAGCAUCACGUGUUACAUUCAACAAUGUUGUGCAACUUUACAGGACAGUGAAGACGCCAUAGACACACCAUGCCAUUGUUAGGUAGAAAAAGUUCCAAAAAAUCAACAUCUUUAAACUGCCAAAUAAAUACUUCUAUAUUUCCAAUAAUCCAUUUAACAGAAAAUAAAAUUGUCUAAACUGCAAAAACCACAGUGCUGAAAUUUCUUCAUGUCUGGAUAGCUGACGUUAGGCUGUAAAGAGCAAACCCAAAUCCCGUAUAUACGAUUCAGCAUUAAUGGAGGCUUCAUAGAUGUGCAGGUGACCAUGUGCCACGUGCACUGAUGCAGUCCCACACCAUCAUGGAUGCUGGCUUUUGAACUGAGCGCUGAUAACAAGCCGGAUGGUCCCUCUCCUCUUCAGCCAGGAGGACGCGGCGACUCGUCAGACCACAGGAGUUUCCCACUUAACCUCAGUCCACCUUCAAUGAGCCCGGGAUCAGAAAAGGCGCAUCUGACUGGCGCAGUGUGUAACAGAGAGGUGAAGCCCUCCUCUUCUUCACUUCAGAAACACUCUUCUGCUUCUCUGAGAAACUCUUUUUAGACCCAAUCAUAUCAGUAACCUGUGUCCAGUUAGUGUCCCUAAUUACAGUGCCUAUCAUAAGUAUUCACCCCCUUUGAUGUUUUACCCUUUUAUUGCUUUCAUAAAUCAAUCAUGGUCAAUAAGAUUUAGCUUUU